AUGGCGACAGCAGCCGCCUUCCAAACGCUCGAGCAAGAAUCGGAGCCUGCCAUCACGGAGACCCAAGAAACACGAUCGCCACAAGUCAAGGACACCGCUCAGCCACAACAAGUGCAGGAGCCGUUCGAUAUGAUUGACAAGCAUGGCAAUACCGUUCUAACUGUACCUGCGAGCCAGGUGUCGGACCAGACUGCACUUCAGGUCGUCGCAGAGGGCCAGAACACCCUGGACAGGCCGGGCAACACCGAUAACGAUAGUCACUCCCAAAAGUGCAAAUACAACAAGAUCCUGACAACCGAUGCCAAUCAGGCCAUCCGAGAUCGUCUGAAGGCAUGCGAGUACCAGGCCCGCGUCGGAUAUCUCUUGUCAUUGCGGAUCUCUAGCGAGCAGGAGUUGGUCGACUUCAAUUUCAGCGGCAUAACGGGGUCCCAGGCCGAGUUCAUCAAAGAUUAUUGCAGAGGUCGCAUUGUUGGGAACGGUAGUACCUGGCAACACCGUGCACUGGACAGGAUCAUUGAAUUUAUCAAGGACUACAUGGAUGAGCAUCCGUUAUUUGCCCAGUACAAGGACAUGAAGCUUAUCCAUUCUGAAAUGAAGCGGGUCUACGACCCUCAGUUGUUUGUAGAGCUGUUCGACUUCUGCAAGGGUCAUCUCGACAUUGCGGGAAGUGGCCCCAAUGUCCAGAAGUGGUGUCGCGCAUUGUUUGUGGAGAUCACGAGCUCCGCAAAAAGGCAUGUGGACUGGCUUAUGAUGGGACCAUCUCGCCCAACCGAGGCUACUUCCGACGGCCGCCCGGUCAAUGAUAGGGAAUGGUUCAUCAACAGAUGGAAGAAUGUCGCCACCGUCAGGAGUUGGGACAGCAUCCGGUGUGACCCCACGGAAAUCAAGCGGGUGCCCAAGUCUCAGAAAAAGAAUUACGUUCGCAAAGCAAAAAGGCAGUUCCUGAGUGUCGACAACGAUCCCGACACCUACAUCCCAUCCGACGCCGAGUGA